CCCAUAACUCCAUAAGACUUUGACGCUUGUCUUUCUUUCUCUUCAACAUAUCCAAAGUCUUUAGGGAAACCUCUAUCCUAACAAUUAGCCAAGAAAAAAAAAGAGCUAAAGAGAAAGAUUUAAACAAAGAAAGAAAGUGAGAACCCUCGUUGCAAAAAUCCAAUCUUAGAGUCUAACUAGUUACCAUUUAGCUUUCACACACUAUACCAAAAUUCCAAUCUUAGAGUCUUACUAGUUACUUUAUAGCUCUCACACACACAGAGAGUACUAUUUCGACGUGUACACUAUAUAGGGAGAGAAAAAAAAGAAGGAAACAUAUAUAGGAGACGAUCAAGAACGUGUGUGUGAAUAUGGGUAGACCACCUUGCUGUGAAAAGAUCGAGGUGAAGAAAGGACCAUGGACUCCCGAAGAAGACAUAAUCUUGGUCUCUUAUAUCCAACAACACGGCCCUGGAAACUGGAGAUCUGUUCCAACAAACACCGGUUUGCUAAGGUGUAGCAAGAGUUGUAGACUCAGAUGGACUAAUUAUCUUCGUCCUGGGAUCAGACGAGGCAAUUUCACUCAAUCUGAAGAGAAGAUGAUCAUCCACCUCCAAGCUCUUUUGGGUAAUAGAUGGGCAGCUAUAGCAUCAUAUCUACCUCAGAGGACCGACAAUGAUAUCAAGAACUUUUGGAACACUCAUUUAAAAAAGAAACUCGUGACGAUGAAGCUUCGAAACGGCAUCAACGAAGACAAAACCAAUAUGGCGGCGACAGAUACUGCAUCUUGUAAUAACAACAACAAUAGAUGUAAUCACAACAAAAGGACCACCAACAAAGGGCAAUGGGAGAAAAAGCUUCAAACAGACAUCAACAUGGCCAAACAAGCCUUAUUCCAAGCCUUAUCACUUGACCAACCAUCUUCAUCGAUCCCUCUCGAUCCGGAAUCACCAAAACCUCAUCAUCGUUCUGCCACCACUACUUAUGCCUCAAAUACAGAGAAUAUCUCUAAGUUACUUCAGAACUGGACAAGCUCAUCAUCUUCAAGGCCCAACACAUCAUCACGAUCCAUCAACAAGAGCUCAAGCACCGGUGAAGAAGGAGUUUUUGAUCAUCACUCUUUGUUCUCAUCGAACUCAGAAUCUGGAUCAGUUGAUGAGAAGCUGAAUUUGAUGUCGGAGACAAGCAUGUUCCAAGGUGAGAGCAAGCCAACCAUAGACCUUGAAGCUACCACUGAUAGUCAAGGCUCGUUGUCUUUGAUCGAGAAAUGGUUGUUUGAUGAUCAAGGCUUGGUCCAGUGUGAAGAUAAUAAUCAAGAAAAUAUCAUCGAUGCAUGUGUCGUUAGAGGGUAAAAAUAAUGAUGACAGCAGUCCAGAUUUGUUCUAAGAAAAUCAAACAUGAAAUAACUGUGUAGGUUUACUUCUGUUUCUUUCUUUUGUCUCUGUUCGCUAUGAUUUUUAGUUAUAAUUCAUUUUACUGUGUGGCUUGCUUGUUGUCAAGUCGUUGAGGAUAAAACUGUGAUAUAUAUAUACUGUUAUAUGAUAAAGUUUAAUGUAUUGUAUAAUAAACUAAGCUUUUCUG